GGGCUGCGUCCUGCUUCCUGUUUGCUCACGUGUCCUUCCGGGGCAGGGUCGCCACCUUCGGGAGGGGUCGUUCCGGCCGGCUGUGAGCUAGAGAGUCACCGCGCUGAGCAGGUCGGUUGAGGAAUAUUUCAGCAGAAAUGGAAAAAUUGCUGCUGCUUUGGCAUAAAUGCACCGCCCCAGUUUCUUCUGUGGAUUAACUCAGAUGCUAAAUUCGGGCAUCCUAGGAAGUCACUCCUGCCCUGAUUAAGCACCUCUUCAACAGAAACAUAUUUUGCAGUUCCCCAUAUCUUCCCCAACAAUACGGAACUCUGGAUCAAGACGGGGCUGCGUUAGCCCUUGAGGCAAAGCUGAGGAUGGAAGGAGUGGAAGUUAAGGAGGAGUGGCAGGACGAAGACUUUCCCAGACCUUUGCCCGAAGAUGACCAUAUGGAAGCUGGGCCAGCUGAAAGAGGAGACCACUCCGAAAUUAAUGGCAACAAAGUUAAGAAGAAACUAAUAGCUCCAAAUAUAAACUUGACUUUGGAUCAGAGUGAAGAGUCCAUUUUAUCCGGCUUAGAGGCAAGUGGAGAUAUUGACUUGGAUGAUAUAGACACCCCUUCGGAGAACAGCAAUAAUGAGUUUGAGUGGGAAGACGACCUUCCAAAGCAGAAAAGCACCGAUGCUGCUCGGAAGGGCUCCCUGCUGGAAUACACGGCAUCGGAAGAGAAGGAGGAGGAACGGCGAUGGCGAAUGUACCAGAUUGGUGACCAGGGUCACCGAGUAGAUAUGAAGGCCAUUGAGCCCUACAAGAAAGUAAUUAGUCACGGAGGCUAUUACGGGGAUGGGCUAAAUGCAAUUAUUGUCUUUGCGGUUUGCUUCAUGCCAGAAAGUAGUCAACCAAACUACCGAUACUUAAUGGAUAAUCUGUUUAAAUACAUUAUCGGCUCCCUAGAAUUAUUAAUAGCGGAGAGCUAUAUGAUUGUUUAUCUCAACGGGGCGACCACCCGGCGGAGAAUGCCCAGUUUAGGAUGGCUCAGGAAGUGUUACCAGCAAAUCGAUAGGAGGUUAAGGAAAAACCUGAAGUCCUUAAUAAUAGUCCAUCCUUCCUGGUUCAUCAGAACACUUCUGGCAAUCACAAAGCCGUUUAUUAGCUCAAAAUUCAGCCAAAAAAUCAGAUACGUCUUUACUUUGGCAGAGCUGGCAGAGCUCGUCCCCAUGGACAGCGUGAACAUCCCCGAAUGCAUAAAACAGUAUGAAGAAGAAAAAUGUAAAAAGAAACUCCAAAGAAUUGAUCAAGAACUUAAUGGGAAACAGGAGCAGAAGUCUGAACAGUAAAAAAGAAAGAAAAGAAAAGUAUUUCUGAAUUCAAGCCGAGAGUGAAGAACACGCUGGGAGAUCCGAAGUCCUGAAGAAGACUUCUGCGUCUGGACUUGGCCUGUUGAAUGAGGCACUGCCGAGUGGGUUUGCAGUCCCAGGGGAUGCCGACACUUCGUAGUUGCCUUUAUUAUAACUUUCACGCGGCAGUGUCACAAAGGCACCCUAGGAGGGGCAGCCAUUGUUAUAUCGCGAUGCUUAUUCAGUGAGUAUUUAUAUAUGCUUCAACGUUAAGGGGAGAGAUAAUAUAUAUAUAUAUAUUUUUAUGACUCUUCAACGCAUAUUUUAUAAUUUUCAUCUGAGAAAAACCUCUUGAGACGCACUAGCCCGCUGACGGCGGUCGUUGUUUAUUUAGGAAUAAAAUGCAUGAGAAUUUCUUAUAUUAUGGGGAAAUGCUUCUUGGCUAAAGAAGAGAGAAAUGUAACUUUGGUUAUCUGCUACGCUGGCAAGAUCCUUUUGCUAUUUCCACUGUGCUUCUUCACCUUGGAGUUGGGUGUCCUCAGCACAAACUCGAUUCAGUCCAAGCCCUUCUGUGUUGAAACGUUGAGGUUUCAGCUCCCUUGCCUCUGAACAGAAAAAUCCGGGAAUUGAGAAUACGACUCCUGUUCGAAUGUUGGGGCUGGUGGAGGCUGUCUAGCUCUGGAUGCCCAGGGAGUGAUUUAUUUGGGAAUUUGGGCGACAUUCCAGAGCCGAAUGUUGGUGGCCUCCCAGCCGGUCUUCUCCUGGAGAAGAUCUCAGUCCAGCUUCUGAUGGGCCUUACUUCGGCAUAGAAGGAUGGUCUUUUAUGAAGGUUUCACAUUAUGGUCUGUCUCUCUUCCCUUCCCUUUCCUUCCCCUUCUCUCUCUCUCUCCCUCCCCUCCCUCCUUCCUACCUCCCCUC